UGGGCCCCGGGGACCCCAGCCCGGCCGGCCGCGACCGCAGCGCCUAACGCCGCCCUCGCCGGUCGGUCCCGCGCCGCCGCCGCCGCCCUCGCCCGCGUCCCCGCGUCCCCAGCGCCGCCCGCCGCGGCCGCCGCAGCGCAGCCCCCAGCAUGUCUCGGAGGAAGAUCUCGUCCGAGUCCUUCAGCUCGCUGGGCUCCGACUGCCUGGAGACCAGCCCGGAGGAGGAGAGCGAGUGCCCGCUGUCCCGGCUCUGCUGGAACGGCAGUCGCAGUCCGCCCGGCCGGCGCGAGCCCAGCGCGGCCGCCGCCGCCCUCGCCCCGGCCCCGGCCGCUUCCGCCGCCGCCGCCGCCUCGGCCGCGUCCGGGGCCAGGAGGGCGCAGCGCCGCCGGCGGGUCAAUCUGGACUCUCUGGGCGAGAGCAUCAGCCGCCUGACGGCGCCCUCGCCUCAGACAAUACAGCAGACUCUCAAGAGGACAUUGCAGUAUUAUGAGCAUCAAGUUAUUGGUUACAGGGAUGCAGAAAAGAAUUUCCACAAUAUCUCUAACAGAUGCUCCUAUGCAGACUAUUCCAACAAAGAGGAAAUUGAAGAUGUCUCAGGAAUUCUUCAGUGUACUGCUAACAUACUAGGUUUGAAGUUUGAGGAAAUUCAAGAAAGAUUUGGAGAGGAAUUCUUUAAGAUAUGCUUUGAUGAAAAUGAGCGAGUUCUUCGAGCUGUAGGUGGCACAUUGCAGGACUUUUUUAAUGGGUUUGAUGCUUUGUUGGAACACAUUAGAACUUCUUUUGGAAAACAGGCUACUCUGGAGUCACCAUCUUUUCUAUGCAAAGAGCUUCCUGAAGGGUCGCUUAUGCUCCACUACUACCAUCCUCACCAUGUUGUGGGGUUUGCAAUGCUGGGGAUGAUUAAAGCUGCAGGAAAGAAGAUCUAUCACCUGGAUGUGGAAGUGGAACAGGUUGCACAUGAGAAGCUGUGCUCUGAUGGUUCAAACCCAGGCAACUGUAACUGUCUUACUUUCCUGAUCAAAGAAUGUGAAAAUACCAACGUCACGAAGAAUCUUCCACAGGGAACCUCCCAAGUUCCAGCGGACCUUAGGAUUAGCAUCAGCACCUUCUGUAGAGCCUUCCCUUUUCACUUGAUGUUUGAUCCCAACAUGUCAGUCCUUCAGCUGGGGGAAGGUCUAAGAAAGCAACUCCGCUGUGACACUCACAAAGUGCUCAAGUUUGAGGACUGCUUUGAGAUUGUUUCUCCAAAGGUCGAUGCCACCUUUGAGAGGGUCCUUCUGCGACUGUCCACCCCAUUUGUGAUUAGGACCAAGCCUGAGGCUUCUAGUACUGAAAAUAAAGACAAGGUUAUGGAAAUCAAAGGACAAAUGAUUCAUGUACCAGAAUCAAGUUCCAUCUUGUUUUUGGGCUCCCCAUGUGUGGACAAGUUGGAUGAACUCAUGGGUCGAGGGCUGCAUCUCUCAGACAUCCCUAUCCACGAUGCUACCCGGGAUGUCAUUCUGGUGGGUGAGCAGGCAAAGGCCCAAGAUGGCUUGAAGAAGAGAAUGGAUAAAUUAAAGGCCACGUUAGAAAGGACUCAUCAGGCCCUGGAAGAAGAGAAAAAGAAGACAGUGGAUCUCCUAUAUUCUAUUUUCCCUGGUGAUGUAGCCCAACAGUUGUGGCAAGGACAGCAAGUGCAGGCCAGAAAGUUUGAUGAUGUCACCAUGCUCUUUUCAGACAUUGUUGGCUUUACAGCUAUUUGUGCCCAGUGCACUCCGAUGCAAGUGAUCAGCAUGCUGAAUGAACUGUACACCAGAUUUGACCACCAGUGCGGAUUUCUGGAUAUUUACAAGGUGGAAACAAUAGGUGAUGCAUACUGUGUUGCAGCAGGACUGCACAGGAAAAGCCUCUGCCAUGCCAAACCCAUCGCUCUGAUGGCCUUGAAGAUGAUGGAACUUUCAGAGGAGGUACUGACACCUGACGGAAGACCAAUUCAGAUGAGGAUAGGCAUUCAUUCAGGCUCCGUGCUGGCUGGUGUUGUUGGGGUGAGAAUGCCUCGAUACUGUCUCUUUGGAAAUAAUGUCACUCUGGCAAGCAAAUUUGAAUCAGGAAGCCACCCUCGGCGCAUCAAUGUCAGCCCGACCACCUACCAAUUAUUAAAACGAGAAGAAAGUUUCACAUUCAUUCCUCGGUCCCGUGAAGAACUUCCAGACAACUUUCCAAAAGAAAUCCCCGGGAUCUGCUAUUUCCUGGAGGUAAGGACUGGUCCAAAGCAGCCAAAGCCUUCUCUUUCUUCAUCCAGAAUAAAAAAGGUUUCCUACAACAUCGGCACCAUGUUCCUCCGAGAGACAAGCCUCUAAAACCUGCAGAUCAAAGACUCCUCCGAAAAGCACAAGCCUAGACCAAGAGUCCCUACAGGAGGGUGGAAAGAGAUGCUUCUCUCUUGAGACUUUCUUGAGAAUAAAUGGUGGAAUUUCUGCUAUGUCAGGCAAUAAUCCUAGAAAAAGUUGUGUGAAUGUUGUCCAUAAAAGGCUGAAUCUGUAUAAGUAUUUUGGAUAUAUAUAUAUAUAUAUAUAUAUAUAUAUAUAUAUGAUUCCUUUUAAAAGAAAACCAAUAGACUCCUAUUGUCUUGUUUUUCACCUACACAGUUAUCUUUCCCUGUAUAUUUGUAUCACUUUUGAAAGCCAGUUUUGAGUAUAUAUUCCUACAUUUAGUGAGUUGAUGAGGAAUAUUUUCUAAUUUGCUUUUUCUGAACAGGCAUUUCAUACAUAUAUCAUGGCAAUGUGGUAAACUUCCCAGCAGGAAGAAUUGUAACUCAGCAAAAUAUUUAAGGAAUAUUACCUAUUUUUAUACAUAUCUCUUCUUCUAGAUAAUAACAUUUCACACAACAUUAUUAGAUUUCCAGAAUCUGCUACACAUUGUUGGUAUAUUACGUAAUGCUAACCUAGUAAUCUAAUAUAAUUUUGCUUCUUUAGAGAGAUUAGUGCCUGGACUGGGAAUACAUAUAAUCAAGGAUUUCAGAUGCUGAGAAAGUGUUGUACUUCUGUUAGUAAAUAUAUCUUUUAGAUUUAAUUAAUGCAGUAUGGAGUCCAGAGGUAAUAGAAUUUCCUCAUAGCAGAUACAUUUGUAACUAAGAUUAAUGAAAGUUCUGUUUUUUGCCAUCAUGCCAAAAUGCUUUGUUACCUUGGACCCUUUUCAAUUUAGCAGUUAUAAAUAUAUGUAGUUUAACAUUCAACUGCAUUCUAAUGAACAGCAUCCUUCUAAGUAACAUGUUAGUAAUUCCCCUUGCCUUCCCAAAUUGAUGCGUCAUAAGAGCUGACUGCCAUUCCAGGAAGCAAAUUCCCAAGAUACUGGCAUUACUGACACAAAAAAGAUUCAGACAUUUUUCUAAGAAUAUUCUUUCUUAUUGCAUAAUACAAAGCAAGGAAUAUCCUGUGCUUUAUAGCAUUGAGAUUUUCUUUUACGUGUUCUUCUCUAGUUUGUUUGAUGUGGCUUUUAAAUUCAGUGAAUCAUCUUCACGAACAUGGAAGAAGUUCUAACUUUCUAAACUAGUAAUCACUGUAGAUACAGAUAAGUUUCCAUCCUAUGUUCUGCUAUAAUGAAAUCCUAUUCCCCCCGUUAAUCAACAUUGCAUGAGAAAUAUUGUUACAGGCUCAUGGUAAAAUUAUGACAACAGUAUGUCCAGAGUUUUCCUGUUUUGGAUCAGAUCUAAACCUAAAUUUCUAUUAAGGUUAAUGAGCUGGAAGUGUUGUUACUUUAAAGUCUUCGGAGUAGACACUUUCUAUUCCAGUAGGUAUACUCAUUAGUAGUUUGUUUCUACUAAAUCCAAUAUUUUUUUUCAGGGAUUUUGGUUGCAUUAUGAUCUGGUUAUGAUAUAACUCAACUAAGGUAUAUAUUAACUAAUUUCCAGUGCAGUCUGUGAGGCAUAAUUAAUGUUUUUAAGCUAAAUGUGUGGCUAGAAAACAUUUAUAGAUUUGCAAACUAUUUGGUAUAGUUGUAAUAUUUUUUAUAAUUUGAGCUCUUUUUCUCAUCCUGUGGUCUAAGAAACCAUUACUGCAGCAGUCUUCCUAUGGAGAAUACAAGACACAGAUACUGAGCUUCUAACCUUGCCUGACCCACUCUUUGCUGAGUCCAGGUCUCUGAUUUUACCUUUAUGGAAAGCAAGGGCCAGGUUAUCUACAGAAGUCUGUGUAGGCUAAAGACAGGGUAUUUUCAUGAUGGUGAUUAUAAGAAAUAUCUGCAGUGAACUUGUCCUUUACAGGGCACGGGGCAGGGGUGGUGGUGGGUGUUACCACCAAUACUGUUAGGGGGUGGAAGCACCUCAGUCCUCAUGGAAAUGCUAGAAAAUUGCCUGAGAAGUUCUGAAGGGCUCCUCAGAGCGUAGUAGUGUGAGGACAGACCCAAUAUCAUUCCAAUCAUGUAUGCUUAUUCCAUUCAGUGACUUAGAGCUUAUUUUGGUAUAUUUAAUUUAAAAAUUAAAAAAUAUUCUGGUGAUAAUGUGUUUUGUUACCAUAUGGCUGAAAUGGAAUUUUGCCCAAUCUAUUUCUCUGCUUUUUGUAAAAAAUCGCUUAAGCAACUAUUCUAAACAUAUGGUUGUUAUCUCUGUACUUAAAAAUAUCUAUGGGGACUGUCUAUAUUUUAAAACAAACAUUGGAAAUCCACUCCAUUAUUUGAUAAUUGUUAGUAGGGCUCCAGAGAAGAAUUUCUGUGUAUACUCUGAACUUCUCAGAAGAAUCUCACACUAUAAUGGUUUAUAUGAUUUCAUAUAGAGAAGUAGCCAUUUACACUGUCACAAAUGUCACAUUCCAGAGAUCUAUUAUAUAUCACAGGAUGAAAAAUACAUUUUUCAUACUCUCUCUAUAUAUAAUCUAUAUAUUUUUGAGGUUAUUUUGAGGCAAUGGGCUAAACUUUUAAUCAUUUUAUCAACCUAUUAAAGAUGAUUAUUAGAGUUAUACUGUCACUACUUAUGUUUACAAGAUACUGUAUAAAAUGUCUGUUAUUCUAGCUGCAGUCAGAAAUGAAAUGCUGUGAAAAAAGCGUUAUAUUUUCAUUUGCCCUAUACAAUACAGUGCAUAUGUCUUAGCUUAGAAACUGUGACUGUAAAAUGUGCCAGCAUCUGUAUUUUGUUAGACUAUUACAUGUACAGUAUUUUCAUUUACUUAUAAACUGUUAGGAAUAUCAUGCCUUUAAAUUAGAUUAAAGGGAAUUUAAUAAUAUCCCCUUAGAAACUAAAUGAUAUUAAUUAAUAUACCUUUCCCUAAAAGGAGUACUUUCAUUUUUAUUCUGGUACCUAUAACUGUCCUCUUACUCUUUAAAGGAGAUAAUUUAGAGAAAUAUCCUUAUAACUAGCCAUUAGUACUAAACCUUCACUUUGGUGUCAUGAUUAUUUUACUGGAUUGAAUGCUAUCGUCUGCAAAUAAAUUGAUAAUCUAACAAAAUCAGAAUCCUCAAAUAUUUACUUAAAACUUAUUAUUCCAUAUCUGCUUUGUGAAAUGUAACAAACAGAUAAUAGUGACUAUGGUUAAAAAUAAUAGUAUACCUAAGCAACACAUUAAUUGGAUUUCUUAGUUGUAUAAUGUAAAAGUGAAGAAGAUAAAGCUUCUAACUUACCCUUACAUAAGUGUUUACCUCUAUAUUCAUCUUUUCUGUUUUAUUUUGAAGUAUUUUGAGUUUGUCUUUUAAUUUGUAGUGAACUGUAAGAUGUUGUGACUCUGAGUUAGAUACUAAUGCCUGAGAUUUGAGAAUGGACUGGUGGAACUAGCCCUAAGUGUUAUCUCUCAUAGUCCCACACUUCUUCCUCUUGUUCUAUGACAAUGAUUUAUAUUUGGAAAUUUCUUCAAAAAGUUUCACCAGUAAAACAAAAGCAAACUGAUAAGAUAUAAAAGGCAAAGCCAUGAAGAAUUUUGAAAUCCACCAUAUUGUGUUUUGUACAGAAUUUUAUUUCUACUGAUUGAAAUUGUGUGACUGAAGUUUCAUCUUAGCAACAGGGAGCUCAGAUUAUGAGCAUCAUUAGCUAUAUUUGUUGAAGACUCCUUUGGUUUCUGACCUGUUGAAGGCAGGUGCUAUGGAUGACUAGCACAGAAAGGCAAAGCUUUGUACAUGGGUCCCACCUUGCCAGGCAUUCUGAGUGAGAGUUAUCCAGCCUGGACCCUCUUACUCCAUGCUGUCACUCAAAACAGUCUCACUGCAUUAAGAUAGGCAUAGCAAACUUUAUUCUCUACUUUUGAACUGUAGGUGACUGCAGAAAGAGUUACUGAUGCCUGAAUCAAGCAGGUGACCCAACACAGUUUCAGGCCUCCAUUAGAGUACUCACUUUUGUCUGAGGUGUUUGGGUAUUGCUUAUAUCUGCAGUUUCUUCCUGUGUUCUUUCUUCAAAAUAUAGUCUAAAUGAAAGCUCUUUGUGCAACUCCUCCGAAUUUUCCUUUGGAAUUAAUUAUACAGAAUCUGAAUAUUCUUUGGAUGGCACGAGAUGAUUUUACUCAAUAAAAACCUAGAAAUUCAAGAACCAAGCCCUAUAUUUUAACUUAUUGAAUACUAUUAUUAGAUUAUAGAACUCCAACUACAAAGAUCAUGUUUUUUCAGAGGCUUCUAAAAGUAUAACUUGCUGGAGAUAAUACAGACAUCCAGAUGCUAAUGACAGUGAAUUACUGAAACUUAAAAUAUGCAUUCUGAAUGGCUUUAUGGGCAUCUCUUCCUAUGACUACCUAUACCUAAUUCAUAGUCAAUAUAAUAUGCGUGUGAAUUGGGUUAACAUGGUGGAAUAAGACCUACUGUUAAAUGGGUAAAUUAAUCCUAACCAUGAACUCAAUUUUGGGAUUCUCUCAGUGGUGAAUGAAUAGCAGACAUUGAUUUUAUAUAAAGAUUAUUAUAAUCUUUUCAGAGAAUAUUGAGGUAGUGUGCAACAUUCCUUCCUCACACUUGAUUCAAACAAUUGCAGCUUAAGUAUUAUUGUCCUGCCAUCUGUCUGUCUCCUACCUUUGUUCUGUCUUUCUUUUCAUUUAAAAAAGUCAUUAGUAUGUUUAUAAUACAGGUGGAAUUGCAGCUGACUUUAUUCUGCACAUAUGCAUAUUCUUAGUUCAUAAGUUUUUAUUAAAAUAUAGAUGUUUCAUGACUAAAAUUUUGGGGAAGAUUUGGGAAUGUAGAUUUUAUUUCUAAAAUGUUGUGACCAGAUCAUGGCUCCAGUAAACACCUUAUUGUCAUUCCGUACCUAAUAAGAAAUCACCUAAUUCAAUGAUUCAACCGAUCUUCUUGGAAAUAUCUGGAAGCCUUCAUAAGAAUUACCUAGGCAGUUCUGGGAAUACAGAUUACUGGACUUUACUUUCAAAGAUCUAGAUUCAGUAGGUCUCAGGUAGGACCUUGGAAUCUGCACUUAAAAAACCACUCUAAGUAAUGCUGUCAUAUAGCCAGACUUGUAGAUCUUUGGAGAGUGUACAAAAAAAAAAACUCAACUACUAGAAGUCAAGACAAGUUUACGGAAAUAAUAACACAUCAACUCGAGUGUAGUUAUUUUUAAAGUUAAACAUUCUCUGAGCUUCAAGCCAUUGUCUUUCCCACAAAUUUUAACUUUAGUUUUAAAGUGUAGUCUGCUUUAUUAGUAUGAGUUUUCAAACUUAUUAGAGUCAGAAGUCAAUACUGAUAAGCAUGAGGAAUGAAUCUUGCUCACAAUAUGGCCAUUAGGCAUGCUAGCUGUCGUACCAUUUUCUUUAGUAACUGCUGCAGCCAUGUAGUAUGUCCUAUUUGCUGAUCCCCACCACUGCAGCAUAUGUUAUAAAUUUUAGAACACAGAAACAAAUUUGGGAGUGACAGCCUUACUUCUGAAUGCUUUACACUUUAUAUUAUGAUAAAGCACUAACAAUAUUUUUCACAUAGAAUUGUGCAUUCAUCUAAGAGUGACUUCCUAGCAAUACCUUAUAACAACAUUCCAAGCAAUAAUUUAAGCCAUGAUGAUGAUGCCAUACAAAAUGUGCACUUCUCUGCAUUAUAUAGAACCUUUGAGAAAAUAAAGACAUGGUUUAUAUAAGCAAUAAUGUAGCUGGUAUGAACUUUUUAAUGAUAUUCACCAUUUUGUAGCAAAAUGAGCAUCAAUGAUGAUGGAAAGAAAAUAUUUGAGUAAAUAACGUGCUCAAUCUAUCUCAGAAGUCAUUUGUUUGCAAACAUGCUAUAAAGAAAUUAAUAUAUCAGAUUAUUUCUGGUGUAUAAUUUAAAAAUACCUUGCAUAAUGUUUUCUGCUUCUUUUAAAAAGGUUUUUGUGUUAUUUGUUGUGCUGCACAAAUCUUCAGAUUUUUGUGUAUGAUAGAUAGUAAGGACCAAGUUAAGGAUGAUGGAUGAGUGAAAAUGAAGUAUAGCAAGAGCUGAUUGAAAAAUUAGAUGGUACAAAAAUAUACUUUUAAGUACACAUUAGUUAAAAUGCUGGUUUGUUAAAAACUUCAAAGAUAAAAAGAGCUCAGUGUGAUUAUUCUCUGUGACAGGUACAUAGAUGUUUAGUAAGUAUAAUGUUUUUAUUACAAAUAUGAUUGACUAAAAUUUAUCUAUAGUAUAGUUUUAAAAUGUUUGCAAAUGAUGAAUCACUAAAUCUUAAAAAUGUCAAAUUGAAUAACUCAUGUUUUUAGAGUUCUUAAAGUAUUUUUAAUGAAAUGUAGCAUUAUCAAUAAUAUCAGUCUAUUGUUACUUAACAAUACAGUCUAUUGUUACUCAUCCAUUGUUUAGAGUAAUGUAUUAGUAUUAUACUUAAAAGCAGCUGGCAAAUUUUUGUUACAAUGAGCAAUAUAUAAACAUCAAAUCAUUAUUUAUCAUAUAAAUUUAGAUACAUUUCCAAGUAUCUAAAUUCAAUUCCUAUUGUUUUCCAAGUAUCUAAAUACAAUUCCUAGCUAGUUAAGCUCUGCUCUAAUCAUAAAUACUACUAGAAUGAUGGGCAGGUUUGCUUUUUUUUGACCUUUACUUUCCUAUUAUUGGUAGUAAAACUUAAUAUCUUCCUAUCCACAAUUGGAAAAUCAAAAUGAAACAGAAUGAAAAAGUUUUGACAUUAUACUUUUGUGUUUCAGUGGUUUUUACAUCCUUAAUAAGUAUACAUUUGAGUAAAUAAAAAGGAUUUAAUUUGAAUCCAAUAAAUUUAUCUUCUCAGUUGAUCCAUCUCAUUUCAAAUCAGAUCAUUGUUAAUAUUAAAGUACAGUAUUCUUGCUUAUUAUUUGAAAGCCAAUGAGAAUGUGAGAGAGGGAGGGAGGGAGGAAAACAGAGAGGGGGAAGAGAAGAAGAAGGGAUGAGGGAAAAGGGAAGGAAAGAGGGAGAAAAAGUGGGUGAGAGGAAAAGAUGGAUAAGUAGAGAGAGACAGAAAGAGAAAGAGAGACAGAGACAGAGACAGAGACAGAGAGACAGAGAGAGACAGAGAGAGAGCCAAAUCAAAAUAUCUGGAGUAAAUCAGGGAUGUGCAAAAUUGCUUUUUUGCAUAAUUUCUCUUUCUAAAGACGGUUCCCUGCAUAUUGCUGCUGGUCAGUCAUACAUCAAAUUCAGCAGUAAAGGGCAUAUUAAGGGAUGAAUUAGACAGUUUCUUUAAACGAGCCCAAGAAGAAAGAUUUGACAUUUUUCUUCAGGAAGGUAUAGAGAAUCAGUAAAGAGGCGGUUUUCACAAUACAUGCCUCUGGUUAAUGAAAGCAAAAUGACUCAUUUGAUUGGUGGUCACGGUUGUUGCAAAAUAAAUAAAUAAAUAAAGCAGAAACAAAACACCUCAACCAGCCUUUGUUAGUCAUUUUAUGAGGCAAUCCCAGUCUCUCAGCUGCUGCAUAGCUCAGUGAAACUGGGAUUAGAAGCCCACAGAACUAUAAAUAGAACUUUCUGAAGUUGGCAGGUAGAACUAGCUUUGGUUACAAUGAUAAAGGUAAAUGAAAGUGUCAGGACAUCUGGAUUCAAUGAAUAAAGAAAGCUAAACACCAGCUUUGCCAUAUGUCACAGAGAAGCCUACUAAAAUUAGCACAGAAGUCAGUGUGCAAGUGAUACUAAAAGAAAACAUUUUCUUUCCUAUAACAUGCUUGGCUGAGUUAGCAUUCUUUAGGAAGAGUGUUUUAUUUUACGCAUUCUGCUUUCUCUCUGAAAUUAUAGAAAUUACAUUGUUUCCUGAUUGGAAAAUUUAAUAACAGAGACUAUAAAAUAUUUGCUUUUUGUUUUAAAGCAUGUAAAAUCAUUUAGGUGCCUACACUAUAUCCUAUAUUCUUCUUUGAACUCUUCUUAAAUUGGGUUUUGCCUGCUAGCAAAAUAAGUAAGUAUUUGGCUUUGGAGUAGGAAAAGUCCUAGGUAACCCCAGGACUGUACUUCUCUUUGGGAGUACUCCAGAGCACUUGAAAUGGAGAGAGAAUCAUUCCAUAUUGUUUGGCGGUACCCUGUUAGAGAUGUGAAGGUAUACUGUCAAUCUCUUAAAAUUAAAAAUUGUUAGAGAGUGUCUUAGUCAAAGAUUUCUCUCUAGACUUGUAACUGCUCAUCCAUACAUUGUUUAGGACAGAAAUUUUAAAAGAUGAUAGCAAAUCUGAACACUUUUUAUCAGAAUUGUAUGUUAAAAAAUAAUUCAAGAAAAAUAUUUUAUUGCAUUGAAUCAACUUACUCAUAUCCAUAAUUCAGAAUAUUAGAGAUGUUUGAGUUUGUAUCAAUUUCUUCAGUAAUAAGAAAGAAAUUAAUUUUGUUCUGAAUUCCUUCAAGUUUUAUCCUCUGAUGAUAACACCUAAUUAGGAAUUGUAUUUCAAUGAAUUUUAUUUUUCAUUUGUUUUAGAAACAUUGCAGAAGGCAUCAUAAGUAAGUCAAACUUACAGAUUGUAACAUUGAUUUUUGUUUGAAAGUUUGACUUUUGCUGAAAAUAUUGUCAUUUUUAAAAAUGUAAGGGAUAAGGAUAGCAAGAGUGUAUUCAAGUUAUUCACAUUAGGGAAUUGAGUGAAGAUCUUUAAAUUUCUUAGGAUAAAAUUCUAAAUGAAAGCCAUGUUAUAUUACAAUAAUUUUAUUAAAAAUAUAACUAUGUCUAUGUCACCUCUAAUAAGAACCUGUAUUUCCCUGUUAAAUGAAACCUCAAUACCUAGAUGAAUUCUGCUUUUAUUGUUUCCCAAGAAGUACCUCUUCUCAGUAUCAAUAACUUUCAAAGAUAACAAAGGAAUGCUAUUUCUUUCUGAGACUCGGAUGAUAUAAUUGAUGGACCUUUUUCUCAAUAUUUUAAGUUAAAACUCCUUUAAGAGAAAGAAACUGUUAAUUGAUUUAUCAACAUGAAAUUCUCCUAAAUGUGUCAAGUACUUUAUGGCAAUUAGAAAAUUUGACAGCUGGUACCCAAAGUCCUGCUUGUUCUUCCACUCUGUUGUUUCCUACUGAAUUGACAUCUAAGACCCACAUAUAAAAACUUUACAGACUACUAAUUCAUUGUCUCUUUGAAGAAUUGAGAGCAAAAAUCACUCAGCUAUGUGGAAAUUAGUCAUAAUAUCAUGACAUAGUUAUGACUAUACCUAAAGUACCAGGGAUAUCAGGUUAGGUUCAAUAGAAAAGUGGUCAGUGAGGAGACUUUCUGAUUCUGUUCUUAAAAAUUGGUCUUUUAUUUAGAAAAAAUAUCUUCCUAAGAGUUUUGCUUUUGAAAAUGUCUAAAGUUUUAUAAAAGCUUCCCUUAACUACAUUACAGCUUUGGUAAUUAAGUGGCAAAACAGUCUCAUUAUGCUUUUAAAAUACAUCAAUUAAAUGCAUUCCAGAAAUAAUAACAUAUUAUUCUUCAUCUCAACAUCUAUUUAUCUGAAUCCUGACUCUUCAACUGUGAGCAGCCAUUUUGUAAAAACAAAAGAUUUCUUCCCAAACAGUACUUCACAAAUUAAAUGUAGCCUGCUCAUUUCAGUGCAUAAAAUAAACAGCCAGUGCAUUUUCAUUCAGGCAAACUAAAAUAAUAAAUAGGCUUCCUCACUUAAUAAAAAUACAUAUUUAUAAUAUGUUAGGCCUUCAUUUGCUUUCACUGCAUGGGAUGGUUCUAUCUAACCAGAUAUCUGAAUUACUUUAAAAUUUCAGCUAAUUUGGUACAAUUUUAUGGGUCUAAAUUUUUGGCUUGGCUUGCUAUGUAAAUAAUGCAUACAUCUGCUAUUUUGCUGCUAAAUUAUACUUUGUGAAUCAUUUCUUUUAAAAAUCUGGUUCUCACAAAUUUAAAUUACAAUAUCAGCAAAUAAUGCCAGGAAAACAUACUAAUAUAUAUAAGUAGGGCAUGUUUAAAUUGCAUAUAUUUUGGAAUGUCAAUCAAUUUUUUUAAUGGAUGCAUCUGUUAAACCUGUGUCAUUAAUUUUUAAAAGUUUCAUUUGCUGUUUCACAUUAUAUUUUAAAAUGAUAACUUUUGUCCAUUAAUACAGCUUUAGAGAAACAUUUUCUAAUUAAAAUGAUAAAAUAUGCCUCAUUUCACUAGAAUUUUAUGAAUAAACUAUAUGUGUAAAAAGUACAUAGGUACUUAUAGGAUUAUAAAUAUUCACUGUAUCUGUUUUGCUUUUCAUGUAAUUCCAUUUUACUCAUUUGCUUAUUUUAUUUGUAAUUAUUCCAAAUUGUGCACAUUGUAAAUAGCAUGUUUCAUGAUGCAUUAGUCUUUGUAUUUACAGAUUACAGAGCAAGGUGAACCUGUAUAUGAAAAUGAGUAAUGGAAAUCUGAGAUUCUUCUCAGAGUGGAAACAACAACUGUGUGUUAUAUUUAUACAAUUUGUUGCAGAAUUGUCUAAGUCAUAUGUUUAUUUACCUUAAAAAUUCAAAUUGUCACUUAUGAAACAUUUAAAUCAAUAAAUUAUACUCAAGAA